GUCUACCUUUUUAAGCUUGUAUGUUCUAUUAUACCUACUUCAUUCAGGUUGCUGUAUUUGUUGGCGGUGUGGAUACCUCUGCAACUGAGACAAAAGGAACAGUUCUAAUUCAUAGUGCUGACCAGCUAGAAAAUCAUGCAAAAACUGAAGAAGCUAAAGUUGAGGAGCUUAUAAAGGCAGUUGUUGAUUCCGGUGCCAAAGUAAUUGUUAGUGGAGCAGUAGUUGGGGAGAUGGCACUUCAUUUCUGUGAGCGCUACAAGUAUAUCACCUUCUAUUGUGUUUUUUUAUUGAUUAACUUACUAAUUUUCAAAACAUACUUAUGAUUGUUGUACAUAUCUAAAUGCUUUUGAUCUUUUAUGAAAUCUGUCAAAAAAUUUCAAGUUUUUAUUAUUCUAUUAAGAUUUUUCUUAGCAUAUCUGAUAAUUUAAUUUGGGAC